AUGGCAAGCCUGGAUUUAAGAAGGGCGUUUGAUAAAAUUGAGCACGAAUCGUUUUUUGGUGCUCUACGUGCGCAAGGACUUCCCAACGUUUACAUUGAUCUUCUUCGGGCUCUUUACCGAAACCAGUCCGGAGUGGUGGAAGGUGUGGAAGGAAGCGACCCUUUCAACAUUCAACGUGGAAUCAAACAGGGUGACGUCCUCAGCCCGGCACUAUCCUGCACUAUUCAAUUCUGGUUUGGAACAAGCUGUGUCCUCUUGGAAAACGAGAGUCACAACUUCACAACUAAUGGCGUUGAUGUCGGCGGGAACGAACGUUUGACGAAUGCACGGUAUGCUGACGAUUUACUGCUUUAUGCAACAACCUUGCCCGAGUUGGUGUACAUGAUACCAAUCUUAUGUGAAAAACUGGCACAAGUGGGUUUGCACCUGAACGAGUCCAAAACGAAAUUUUUGACAACCUGUGCCGACUGUGUUCCUGAGUUUGUCAGCAUCAAUGGUGAAACAUUGGAUGUAUUGGCCUCCGGUGCUGCGCCCAAAUAUUUGGGUCGCAAGUACACAGGUGACUUGUCGAAACGUGGGCACAUUGGUUUCCAACGCCUCCUUACAAACAAACACAUCUCCAUCAAGCUGCGCUUGCGGUUGUUUGAUUCAAUCAUCUCCCCUACGAUUCUCAUCGGCCUCCUCACUAUGCCAUUGACACAAUCCGAGCUGACCCGUCUGGACGUUGUACAAAAAAAAAUGUUGCGAUCAAUGGUGGGUUGGGUUCGCACUCCAGAUGAGGAUUGGUGUGACACUAUGGCGCGAAUGCGAGACAAAGUAAACAACGCAUUGGGUUGUUACCACGUGGACAACUGGACAAAACAAUUGGCUAUCCGACAACACAACUUGGCUGCAAAACUUGCAAGGCAACCUGGGUGGCGUCGAACGAUUUUGGCGUGGUGUCCGCAGAGCAACUGGCAAAACAAUUUUGGCAAAUCACCGAAACGAAAACCUGGCAGACCUCUCAAGAAAUGGCAGGAAAAAUUGAGUAAAUUUUGUGAAAGGGACUUCGUUCAAUUCGGACAGUGGGUGGAGGCAGCAAGAAGCCGUGAGUGGUUUCCCCCCCGCGUAGUGCAGUCAUUUUGUCACUUUUAUGUCAACAGUUAA